UACACCCACUCUCUUCUUUUACACGCGCACACAAACAUACAUUCAUUCUUCUAAUCAAUCUUUUCUUCAUAAUCUUGUCAAAAAUAUAUUUUCUUCAUAAUUCAUAACCCACUUUUAAUUAAUUUUAUUUUACCCUACUUAUUAAUAUCUUGUUUUCCCCGACCAGUCUAGUCCCAUCCUAACCAUUCACAAUUUUUGAAGAGUUUCUCUCCUCUUUGAUCUGCUUAUAUAAGCACAAACAAAGGACAAUUACCUACAAAUUUAAGAAAAAAAAAUGUCAAUGGAUAUGAAUAUGAUGGCUACAAAUGAACGUGUUUGUUAUGUUCACUGCAACUUCUGCAACACUACUCUAGCGGUUAGUGUUCCAUGCAGUAGCUUGCUGACUAUAGUGACAGUUAGAUGUGGUCAUUGUGCUAAUUUGCUUUCUGUUAACAUGGGAGCAACAUCACUUCAAUCUUUUACUCCUCAACAAGAUCACCCUCAGAAACAGCAGCUUAUAAACUGUCAUCAAGAAGCAAGCAGGAAGGAAGUUGUAGGAUCAUCAUCAUCAUCAUCAUCUUCUUCUUCAAAGUGCAAAGCAUUUCAGCCUUUAGUCCAUGAGCAACCUAGGACUCCUCCAAUUCGUCCUCCAGAGAAGAGACAACGUGUUCCUUCUGCUUAUAAUCGGUUCAUUAAGGAGGAAAUACAAAGAAUUAAGGCUAGUAAUCCAGAUAUCAGUCACAGGGAAGCAUUUAGCACAGCAGCUAAAAACUGGGCACAUUUUCCUCACAUUCACUUUGGAUUAAAGUUGGAUGGUAGCAAGCAAGCAAAGUUGGACCAUGGGGUUGGGGAAGCUACUCAAAAGUCUAACGGAUUCUAUUGAUACAUAUAAAAUGGAAUUAAGUCUAUAUAAUUAUCGAUCCGUUGGUUUUUUUCUGUUCUUGACGUGAAAAAAAAAAUGAGGUUAAUACAGUUUCCCAUUCACACAAUUGCAUGGGGGACUCUUAUCAAAAUUAACCUCUUCCCCUCACCUUGUUUAAGUAAUAAUAGUAUAUGUAUUUCCCUUUCCUAUAAUGAUUUUAUUGUGAUUGCAUUAACUAUUAUGUUGAACUUAGGCACUUGUUGAGUAAACAUUAUAAAUUAUAAGCUUCUUCAAUAA